UGUAGGAGUUGGCAUCACUCCCCUCCGGGCGCCGGUAUAUAGUGGAUAACCUUGGAUAGACUUGAAUAGUUGUAUUAAAAUUAUUACUCAAAUGAAAUAAGAAUUGUACAAGUGUUUCGAAUUUUUAAAAUCGGCAGUUAUUAAACUGGGAUAAUGUCCUCAGAAAAUAGAAUAGAUAUCACUCAGCCCUUGUGGGAUCAAACAACUUUUGUGGGUAGAUUUCGCCACUUUGCCUUUAUCUCUAACCCACUGCUUUCGUUGGUGCCAGAAAAAGAGUUGUAUAAGGCUAAAGAACUCUAUUUUAAAUAUAAAGAAGGAAAUGAGCCAUCCGAAACAAGAUUAGAACAAGUAGUAAGAGCUAAGCAGUUAUAUGAGUCAGCAUUCCACCCCGAUAGUGGAGAACUUCAGAAUGUCUUCGGUAGGAUGUCGUUCCAAAUGCCCGGAGGAUGUCUGGUUACAGGAGCAAUGUUGCAGUGGUAUAGGACUGCAACGGCAGUGGUAUUUUGGCAGUGGGUGAACCAGUCGUUCAAUGCGUUAGUAAAUUAUACGAACCGAAACGCCAAUUCGCCCCUAACUACGAAACAAAUGGGUGCCGCGUAUGUGUCCGCGACAUCUGCUGCAAUGGCCACGGCGCUUACCUUCAAAUUUGUUAUACAGAAACAAGCCAAGAAUCCCAUUUUAGCGAGAUUUGUACCGUUUGCUGCGGUGGCGGCCGCUAACUGGGUGAACAUUCCACUCAUGAGACAAAAUGAAAUUUUACUUGGUUUGGAUGUAACGGACGAAAAUGGUAACAUUAUUGGAAAAUCACAACUAGCACCAGUUAAGGGAAUUUCACAAGUUGUUACAUCGAGAAUCGUAAUGUGCGCACCGGGAAUGUUACUCCUUCCUGUGAUAAUGGAGAGGAUCGAACCCAAGGCCUGGAUGCAGAGGAUCAAGUGGGCUCACAUUGGCAUACAGACAGGCAUAGUUGGAUUGUUUUUAACAUUCAUGGUGCCUACAGCGUGCGCUAUAUUCCCACAACGAUGCAAAUUGUCAAUUGACACAAUCAAACGCUUUGAGAAGGACAGAUAUGAUGAAAUUGUGAAAAACACAGACGGAAAGCCUCCAGAAUAUGUAUACUUCAACAAGGGAUUGUAAGUCGGUAAAAAUCUGUCCCAUACCCCAGAGGCUCUCUCGCAGAUGGUCGUUGAAGGUUGGAUUUUCAGUGCCUCCAUAAAAAUCACUAUUUUAUAAGUGUAGGUGUUAUUUUUAGUAUUAUAGAAAGGUCAGAAAUAAAAGUAUUAAAUGUGUAAUAUGGAACAUAGGACAUUCACUGCCAUAGACAAUUCUUUAAUGUGACUUUGCCAUGGAAUAAUAUAAAUCUGUGGUCAUAGAUCAGACAAUGACCUAUGGUCACAGAGAUAUAGGUUUUUUAUUUGCGGGUAAUUUAUGCAUUUAAUUAUUUAAUUUUUAUUAGAUCUGAAAAGAAAUAUUAAUCUUGAGAAUUAUUAGAAUUCAGUGAAUGUGAUGUGAUUAAACAAAAAUUGAGUUUAUAUACGACAAUAUACUAUUAUAUUUUAUUUUUUAUAUUUCUCUUGACGAAACUCAUACAUAGCUCAAAUUAUCAUACAUUACAUUCCAUAUGUGAUUGGUUAUAUAUGUCGCAGCCAACUAGCUUAAUUAGCCGUUCAAUGAACAGCCUAGCCUUUUAACUAAACGGCUUAUUAAGCCAGUUGGCUGUGACAUAUACAUAACCUACAGUUGGACAGUAUUGAGUGUAUUUGAAGCUCGCUUUUUAUAUUUAUUUUAGCUUUUUAUAGGUAUUUUAAGGAAGAUAAAUUAAGGAAUUGAAUUGAUAUUUCUAUCAAAUAGAAUUUAUUGGUGGCAACACUCAUCGUGGAAAGUAGAAUAUGCUCAGAGGUGCAAUUUUAGAUUAUUUUGUAUUUAAGGUUAAGUGAUGUUAAUUCAUUAGAACUAGCUAAAAUCAGUUUAAUAUAUGUAAUUUUUAUUUUUAUUCUGUGUUUAUAAAAUCUUGAGAAUUUGUACUUAGAAAUUAGAUGGUAUUAUUUGUAAUUAUUUUUGAUUGUUAUUCGUAUAGUGCUUGUUAUCAUGCUUGGAGAUUACUCUACAAUAAAAAA